CUUUUUCUCAUUUUCUUAUACUUUUGCCUUGUAGCAUUGGCCACUUAAUUAUAAUUUAGGCAUAUGGAACUCAGUUUUAAGCACCAACUUGGGCUAGUUUGUGUCAUAUUGUUCUUCCCUGCACUGUGUAACUGUCAGGAAUAUAUUGGCCCUGUUGAUGAUUACUGGAAUCCAAUUGGAGCUUGUGGGUUCGGCGAAUAUGGAAAGACGGUGAAUAAUGGCAUUGUCGCAGCAGUGUCUGAGCCGCUAUGGAGGGAUGGAGCUGGCUGUGGUACAUGCUAUCAGGUAUGCUGCAAACUGCAAUGCUGCGAUGAGAAGGGAGUAUACGUGGUAGUAAGUGAUGCACAGGGAGACAGAAGAAACUCCAGCUUGACCUUGAGCCCUGGAGCCUUGUCAAUAUUAGUACACAACAAACCUGGAUGUGCAAAUCGGAUCAAACAUGACAUGGGCGAUAUUGUAAUCAAAAGGGUGCCCUGUAGAUACCCUGGCAACAUCAAGCUCCGUGUCCAGGAGAGCAGCAAAAACCCAGGCUACUUUGCAGUUGUCAUUCUCGACGUAAAUGGAAUACGCGACAUCACUGCAGUUGAGAUGUGGCUGAAGAGUCAACAAAGAUGGGAACCACUGCGCAGGUCCUAUGGGGCAGUGUUUGACUUUGCUAACCCACCCAGUGGUGAAAUCCUCUUGAGGUUUAAAGCGGGCUUUUGGAAGCAGGCGAAAAUCCCUGCUAAUUGGAAGCCUGGAGCAACUUAUGACACCAAAGUUCAGAUCCCAGGAACAUAUUACAAAUAAUAAUUACAGAUGUGUAUGUAUUCUAAUAAUAAUUAUUUAUGAAAAAUACGCAUGCACUUUCAGACCCGAUGAAACUAUUACAAAUAAUAAGUACUUGUAUUAAUUCUGUUAAUUUGUUUGUUAUCAGUACUCGAUGUUGUUGUA